AGUUCCACGCAGUGUCUUGAAAGGGCAGCUGCGUAAGCGGCCGUUGGUCCCGGAGGUCUGGGAGACAAGCGGGGCGUGUGUGGGGAGAAGGGCAUGCGAGAGGAAGAUCUGGGGGAUGGAUCAGGCUGAGAACAUUCCCCAAGCAGCCGCCCGCGAUAUCUCUUGGUUUUUAAUAGCCCCGCCCUCUUACGUUGUGGGUCUAAUCUAUUUUUAAGCCCCUUAAAGGCUGACCCUUCAUUUUAUAUAUAUAUGAAAUUGAUAUUAAGAUUAUUUUUGGCCUGCCUCUUGAGACAGUGAAUUAUUCGAAGCAGGUGGAUUCAAAAAAAAUUUUUACUUUUUCUUUUGGAUUCAAUUUUUUUUAAAAAAAAGAAUCGAGAGUGGAACCUCUUGCGGGUUACCUCCUUGGGAUUAUAUCGUUAGGUUCACAAGGGCGAGAGGCAAUAAUUUAUAGGAGAAGAAACAUCCCUUCUCUGUAGGAAAUCAUUAUAACCGUGCUUUGCACGUUGAAAUCUCCAAAUUGCGUAACAAAGUUGAGAUAGCAAGGAUCAAGACUACUAUGGAAGAUUUUGAUGGGGACUUCAGUCACAGAAAAACCAUUAUGUCUGAAUUAUGUUGCAGUCAGAUUGCUGCAAACAUCCUGGUACAGGAUCUCAGAACCUUGGUGGCUUUUACUGACCCAGAGGAUGGAAUACUGGUUCAUACUCCAGAUGGAGGUGUUAAACAUCCUUUGAGAAACAGCUGAAAAACUUAUUUGGUUACAGAAAGACCCAAAUCAAGUGAUCAUCAAAAUGGGAGACGAAGGUGCAGGUGAACCCUUCGUGGGUAUUGUGACUGAUGGGGCCGCAGAUUACGAAGGCAUCCUUCCGUCAGAUACAAUUUCGCUGAGUGAUUCAGAUUCAGAAGAUUUUGAGUUUGCAGGCAGUGCUGAAGUUGAUAUUGUGUCCCCUGAGGAGUCGCUUCCUUCAGAUGACGUGGAUUGUGAAUCAAAGAAGAGUGGGGACUCUUUGCACAACAGCCAAAAAUCAGUUGUUCAGCCCUUUCAUUUGAAAGGCAUGAGCUCAAGCUUUUCACAGCGCAGCCAGAACAUUUUUGAUUGUCUGGAAGGAGCAGCCAAGCAGGCGGUGCCUGCAGGUGAAGACAAUGUCAUUGAUAAAAGGUUUAAACGCCCUCUGCCACCACUCAGCAUUUCAAACAAGAUGCCUGCGGAAAACUUUGGAAGACAACGUGAGCCAAUUCAGUCUUAUAAGAGUUCCCCGCCAGUACCUGAUUAUGUGGCCCAUCCAGAACGCUGGACCAAGUACAGUUUGGAGAACGUUGCAGAAUGUAGUGAUGAUACCAACAGAUCAAUUGCUAUGGAGUUCUUGAGUGGCUUGAACAAGGGUAAAAAGGAACAAAGCUCAACACGUCCUGAAAAUUUCAUACCAUCUUUCAACCAGGAUGCUUCUAGCUCUGGUGCAGGAAGAAUUAUCUUUAGCAAACCAGUAAAGGCAGGCUUAGACAGAUCAGACAAAAAAAGAGGAACUUCAACAGAGGAAAAGUUGGAGGCCAACAUUAUUAAUGCAAACCAAGAGACCAGUGGAAGGCCUCUGGGUAACUUGGAUGCCCAGAACAAAGGUGAUGUACUAGAUCCCUCAGAAAGCAAAGAGGGGAAAAAGGAAGAUUGGGAGCCGCUGAAAUUGGAAGAACGAGGUGCUCGAAGAGCCAACACAGGUUCUCCAGAGGUGCCUGAAGAGAAUGUGACAACCACCAUAGGGUUUCACGGUAGCAAGAAAAGAAGUAGGAAACAUUUCCGACCCAAAGCUAACCAUGAUGAAGAAGAAGAAUCCUAAAAGCCAGAAACAUUAUAUUUGUCUUUUUCCAGUGAUAGCUUACUCAAAAUAUUAUCUUCAUCAUUUGCAUGAAUUUGGGCAAUUGUUUUCCUUAACAUGCUUGUUGCUGUGACUAAAAAUACUUGUGACUUUGCCCUUUCCAACAAAAUCCCGCUGUGUUUUGCAAUAAAUAUAAGACAUUUUGCCUUUAGAUAGUCCAACUAUAUUUCUGUUUAUGAAGGGAGGUUCGGCUAUUCAUACCAAAACUUUUGACAGUAUAUUCAUAACUGACAAAACAUAUCUUGUGGAUGAGAUACCAGAUUUAUCAGUUUAUUGUAGCUGAGGCAAAGAUUUAACCAAUGUUAUUCCACAGUAUGAAUGAAAAUAAAAGCAUUAAAUAUGACAACUCGUAUGUUGUUUGGCUAGAGACAAGAAAAUGUAAACAUACAGUAUAUUAAGAUCAUAGGAAAAGUGUUAAGGAAUUGGAAGAGAUGCUUUCUAAAAUUAAAAUACAGCCAACCAAACCAUACUUAGACUUGAUUGGUUCAGACUGUUAUAUUGCCACAACUUCCUUGCAAACUGAAAGAUUUUUUUUCCCCUCCAUACUUGGAAGCUUCUUCUAAAGUACAUGGAUUUGUGUCGACCGAACUGUUUAUGUAAGAAUAAAGAAGCUUAAAAUAGUAUUUCUAGCAGAAUAUCCAUUUGAUAUUUUUGGUGUCAAUAAAACUUGGGAACAACUGAAAUUCUGUACCUGCAUGUUAGCAGCUAGCCAUUUGUGUCAAAAACUAGUUUUCUCUACUCUUAUGAUACCCCUUUUUACCCAUUAUCCCUUUUCUACUUGUCACACUUUCUGCCUUCACAUUUAAGGAAGCAAGAUGCCAUCUCAUUCAGCUAAAGUUCUCUUGUACAACUACCCCAGCAUUAUUCUCACCUUGGCAUAUUUGGUCAUGAAUAAAUGCAUUGGUUGGAAAAAAAAUUGUUUUAUUACUGUUUAUAGAUAAUGCUCAUUUAGCUAUCACAAUUGGAAAUGGUAACUCGGUCAUUAACAAAGAAAUCACUAAGUGAAACUGCAGCCAUGCUUAUUAUCUUACUUCAUCUUUCUUUUGCUUUAAAGUCCUGAAAGAUCAUAAAUGUGACCAUUGGUCACAAAGUUACUUUUUCACCACAGUCUUAACUGUGGUCGCUGUCUGGGGCCAUUGCUAAACUGGGACUACCUAUGUAGGAGAAUGCCUAAUGCAGUCUAAUUAUUUUAUACAAAAAAGACUUAUUAAGUAUUUGGAUUCAAACUUUUGUUCUACAAUGACACUAAAAAAAUAAGGGUAAUAUAGUUGUACUGUUAACAUGAUUAGUGGAAAAUACCAAGAUUGGAAACUCACUACACUAGUAACAUAUAAUUAAGUUCAAGAGGAAAGGCACAAAAUGAGGGAAGCAGAUCAAUGAAUACUAUAUCAAGGAAGGAUAAUUGAAAAGCUCAGAAGAUACAUAAAUGUUCCUUGGUUAUAAGAAAAUAUUGAAAGGUUUAGUCUAAAUCAGGCAUGUUAAACACAAGGCCGUUCGGCUGGAUUUGGCCUGCAAUGUUGGUCCGAUCCACCCUGCGGGGACAUCCUGGGAAAUGUAAGGGGCCAGCUUCAGCCUGGUCUAAGUCCAUCUUCAUUUUCUGGUGCAACCAUUUGAUCAGUGCCUGCAUUUAUGAAACAUGAAAAUUGAAAUGAAAAUAUUGGUUAUAUAAAGAGUGAGCAGCUAUAGUGAGAUUUGAACAGGUUACUUCUUGUAAUGCCACUUAUCAAGGCUAGCUUGUCUUUUUAAAAAACCUUACAUAUUUUCUGUGUAUUUCAGUAGAGAUGUUCAAGAAUGGGAAAAUAGACCUGCAAUCUUUAAAGAUUAAUCUGACAAAUUAUGAACCAAGUUCCACUACCUCGUGCCUAGAGAUUGAAAACACUUCCAUUGUUAUACUGACUUACUGUACAAGUUUAUUAUUUUUUUGUUAAAUGAAAAUCCAUUUAUGCUUAAUUUUAACAUAUGUUUAUUUUUACCUGGCUUAAUUGAGAAAGAGAUAUGAGAUCUUCCAUAUUCAAAAGAAGCCCUAAUCCCCAAAAUCUGGGAGCUUUUGGGCAACGCUAUCUUAAUGCUCAUAAUUCGGUAAAUGAGAUUUUUGUUCUCAUUAGCAGGUAUUAAAAUUAACCAGCUAUGUGGAUAAUUUAUGCUGUUGUGUGCGGGAUAUUUUUUCCCCUGCCUAUAUGCAAAUCUUAAAUAGCCCAAGUCUGAUAUUCAGAUGCCCCUCCUGUGCCUGCCCAGGGAGUAUUGUGCUAUCUUAAGGUUAAUUAUUAUAUAGCAUGUUCGUUUUAGUGCAGAGAAACUUAACUGUAAAAAAUAGGUUUGAAGAUGCCACAAGACUGUUCCAAAGGGAGAGAGGCUGCUUGUUUUUUGGUACUUUCAGGUCAAUUUUGACUCCUGGUAACUGCCUGGACAAGCCCCUGUGCAGUUUUCUUGGCAAGAUUUUCAGGAGUGGUUUGUCUUUGCCUUCUCCUUAGGGCUGAGAGACUUUGACUGGUCCAAGGUCACCCAGCUGGCCACAUGCUCAAAGAGAGUCUAAAACUCACAGUCUCUCUAGUCUGGUGUCUAACCACUACACUUCCAAAGUUACUUCUGUGGAAAGGAGCAUGACUUGCUGAAGCUAAGUAGGUCCUAAAUUAGGCUGUACAUUCCUAGACUAUCGGAACAGGCAGAAAAAAUAAUCAGAGGAUGAGCUGCAACCAAGACAACUGUCAGCUAAAACCUGAGUCUGGGGCAGAAUUUUUGUAAUCUGAGAAAGUAUCUCAGACAAGCUACUCCCUAGUUCACACAAAGGGAGGGAGGGAAGAAGCACAUUCAGACUUGCGAAGUUCUGUUACUACUGUAACACGUUAUGAAAGUAAUGAAAGUCUACCUUGAAGGGCUGACAGCUACCCUCAGAUAAAUAAAAAAUGUUGAAAUUGUUUCAGUCUGCUAAUGUGUUUUUGAAGGGCACUCGAUAUUAUUUAGUAUGUAGCAAAAGAAGUUUGGCUAAAUCGCCUGGCAUUGAGAGUUGACUUUGUCUCCUAUGUACCAAGCCAACAUUUUCCUCAUGUUUUCACAUAGGAGGUUAAGCUGGAAUGAAGAGGGAUUGCUAUGAACUACCUAGGUCCAUGAUGGCGAACCUAUGGCACACGUGCCUAGGUCAGCUCCACCGCGCAUGCGCACGCACCUCCCACUGGCCAGCUGAUUUUCAGGUCUGCGGAAACACCCACACAUGUGUGGUGGGGAGGCAGGGGAGCGUGGGGGGAUAGUGUGUGCAUGCACAGGAUGCAGGGGGCAUUGCAUUAUGGGUGUGGGCACACACAUGCGCUGUCACAUGUACGCGCAUCCUUUCAGCACCUGAGGGAAAAAAAGUUAGCCAUCACUGACCUAGGUCCUAGCCUGUCAAAAGCAGUGGCAAGACUCCUAACCAUUACAUCAUUGUGUCUUUCUUUAUAAUAUAAUGAUUAAGAAAAUAAGGUUUACACAUUCCUAAAGGCUAUGGCUUAUUUCUCAUAGUUAAUUGAAUAAAGCAUUUUUUAUUGGCACAAUUUGUUAAGCAUUAAUUAAAAUGGCUGGAUUCACAAAACCGAGUCCAAGCCAAAAAAAACUUCAUUAUGACUGAAUGCAAUGUAUGAAGUCAUAGCAUUGUACUUAGCAAAGUUACAGACGCUUCUAAAGCAAUUCUGGUGUGUAUUGUGUAUUAGGCUGUUUUUAAUGGAUUUUAGGUUUUUUUUUAACUGUUUUGCAUUCGUCCCCCACUCCACCCAAUCUUUAUUAGCACAUUACUCACGUGUGUAGUUUGAAGUUGGCCUGCUGAAAAAUAAACUGUUUUUCACUAAAGUAUCUGCCAUUGAAGAAAGUAUAACUGUGCAAUAGCUAAUCUGCAUAAUAAAAACAAAUUAUUUGGAUACCAUUACUAUUAAAGACAUACUACAUUAAUGCUAAUUAUAGCAAAGUUCUUUGAGUUCAAAGCUGAUGGCACAGUGGUUUGGUUUUGUGAUACAGUCAUAGAAUCCGAAUGUAGAUCAUAGGCUGAACUUUGAAACCCUCUACCCAUUUACUUCAGUAGUUUAACUCCUGGGUAGGCUUACUUGUAGGUACCGUAAUUGCAUAUACAAUAGUUUCCUCUUAGCUCUUUUGUCCAAUUGAGACCCUUGAAUCUAUGAACUGUUUAUUAGUUUUAGAAUCCAAAGUGUCCUUUGAAUGUAAAAUAUUUUGAAGGUAUAUUUAUUUCUGGAGAAGGCCAUAAACUAUUGUCUAUCCACCUCACCUAAGCA